GUCGCGCCCAGCGGGAACCAUCACGCAAACGUUCCCCGGUAAUACGUACAUUUCAUGAAACAGUGACACAAAACGUGUGCAUAAAUAACUACAAUUCAUUCAUGUAGAAGAUUCAGAAGCAAAACAAGACAAAGAACCAGAAGAAAUUCCCAAAAGAAUUAGAAGGGCAGUUUUAAGUGUUUUCUAUUAUUCUGGCGUAGUUCGGAUGAGAGGAUGUACGACUGGCAGUCGACCGCUCAGCGGAGCCGCUAGCGGGAGAGGUAGUGGCGAGCGGGAAGGGUGUCGGGACGCGAGCGCGACGACUGGUGUCCGCACGAGGCGCGGCGACAUGCGCUGACGUGCGCGCGGCGCUGCGCUUGCUGCGGCGCGGCGCGAUGCCCCCCCGGGCCUGACAUGGAGGAAGGUGGCUAUUGGCGGCCGUCCUGCUCGACGCUGUCGCUCGCCGAGCAUCAUGGCAGCUCGACACACCUGUGCGCACGGCACGCGCCACAGUCGACCCGUCUCGCUCACCGCCACCCGCCCCAUCCUCACCAUUCGCACGCGCAUCAGCACGCGCACGCUCACCAUAUGCCGCACGCGCAGCACGCGACUUCGUGUCCGGUACACAGUCCUUUCAGACAACCAACCCCUGAAUAUUGUGCAGCUCAUUCACAGGCCCUUCUACAGGCGCAUGAUGUGGUCGCCAGAGAAGUGUACGGUGAGGAGUCAUUGCGUGCCUCUCCGCCGCCGGUCAACGGUCGCACGACGGCACCGCCGCCCGAAGAGGAAGACGACGCCGAACCCGAAUUCGAGAACGUGACCAGGGUGCGCCUCGUGCAGUUCCAGAAAAACACCGACGAGCCAAUGGGAAUUACUCUGAAACUAGCGGACGACGGACGUUGCAUCGUUGCUCGUAUUAUGCACGGCGGUAUGAUACAUCGCCAGGCGACGCUGCAUGUCGGUGACGAGAUUAAAGAGAUUAACGGAACGCCUGUCGCAAAUCAAUCUGUCGCUCAACUACAAAGAAUGCUGCGCGAGGCUCGCGGCUCCGUCACUUUCAAGAUCGUACCUUCCUACCGCUCGGCACCACCACCCUGCGAGCUUUUCCGGAUAAAGCCUUCGCCCGUGCUAAUAUUCGUUCGAGCGCAGUUUGAUUACGAUCCCUUGGAAGACGAACUAAUCCCGUGUGCUCAAGCAGGCAUCGCCUUCAACACCGGCGACAUAUUGCAGAUCAUCAGCAAGGAUGACUCUCACUGGUGGCAAGCUCGUAAAGACGCUUCUGGCGGCUCGGCUGGUCUCAUACCCAGUCCUGAGUUGCAGGAAUGGAGGGCUGCGUGUGCUGCCGCAGAAAAAUCUAGCACCGACCAAGAAGGCUGCGUGUCUCAUACCGACGGAUGUGAGAAUACAGUCAACUGUUCUAUAUUCGGCCGCAAGAAGAAGCAGUCCAAGGACAAGUAUCUCGCUAAGCACAACGCGGUGUUCGAUCAACUGGACGUAGUCACAUACGAGGAAGUCGUCAAACUGCCUUCGUUCCAAAGAAAAACGCUGGUUCUGCUUGGCGCCCACGGAGUCGGCAGACGUCACAUCAAGAACACUUUAAUCGCCCGACAUCCUGAUCUGUACGCCUAUCCUAUACCGCACACCACGAGACCGCCGCGUCCGGACGAGGAGAGCAACAGACAGUAUUACUUCAUCAGCCACGAUGAGAUGAUGGCUGAUAUCGCGGCCAACGAAUAUUUGGAAUACGGCACGCACGAGGACGCGAUGUACGGCACGAAGAUCGAGACGAUCCGGCGGAUCCACGCCGAGCGCCGCGUCGCCAUACUGGACGUCGAGCCGCAGGCCCUCAAGAUCCUGCGCACCGCCGAGUUCGCGCCCUUCGUCGUGCUCGUCGCCUCGCCGGAGCCGCACACUGUCAGCGAGCAAGUCCGCGCCAUGUACGACGGCACCACGCUAGAGCUUCUGGGCCGCGAGACGGAACAGCUGCGGCGGAACUACGGCCACUACGUUGACUUCACGGUCGUGAACCACGACAUAGACGACACCAUCGCGCAACUAGAGGCGGCGAUCGCGCGCGUGCGCUCCAACCCGCAGUGGGUGCCCGUCUCGUGGGUCUACUGACCGGCCCGUGACCGCGCUUAGAGCAAACGCGAAUAUAUCGUCUGAACGCGUCGGGUACCUCGUCCGUACGUACCCACGCAGCAAUGUACAUCGUACACCCACGAUAUAUUCGAACCGCGGCCUCUGACUUCAACGCGAAGUGAUUUCGUUUCUUUAUCCUCCUCGACCUCGACUCACAUUAAUUUUGUAAUUUGAAAUGUAUUUAUGUAGAAAAGAAAAUUGUCAAAAAAAAAAAAAACUUUGUACCACUUUUAAGUACAUUGCGCGCACAUACAAGGGUGAGAAUUUGGUAUAGUUAAAACAAGUUUAGAGAAGUAGUGCAGGAAAUUAAGAUUUAUGUGCGAAUAUAUGUAUGUUCGAAAUGCAUUAAAUCAAAUUGAAUGUACCUUCACCUAAAAUAGGAUUUCGAUCACUAGUAGCGACCUCUAGUGUCGUUAUUUUCGUUCGUUUAAAAAUACUGUUUUGUUGAGUAUGAAGAAGAAAGAAAAUGUGAUGUGUGUAAGGACACAGCUAAUAACAUCGUAAUAUUGAGUGCCAUAAGAAUAUAUGAAAAAUAAAUGUAACUAAUUUUACGAUGUAAGCUCUUUUGUUAAUAUAACCUUUAAGUAUAUUAUAUCGAGGGGUGAAAAGUGGUUUUAAGAGAUAUUUUUGAAACUUUACAGGCGAGACAUUUAAAGCUUAAAACUUCUUCAGCGAUUUGAAUGAAGUAAACAUAAUUGAAGUUCAAUUAAAAACAUCGAACUGCUGAUCCUAAAACAUAAAUGAAUUGCUGUUCGUUAGUCUCGCUAAAACUCGAGAACGGCUGGACCGAUUUGGCUAAUUUUGCUCUUGAAUCAUUAUUGUAAGUCCCGAGAAGGUUUAAAAGGUAGAUAAAUAUGAAAAUGCUCGGAAUUAAAUAAAAAUAAUAAUUCUGUUUUUCCUUUUGUUUGUUUUAAGUUUAUUUUGAUACAAAAGCUUAGGUAUUUUAUUUAUCGAUUGAGGCACUACGAAGUCUGCCGGAUCAGCUAGUUACAAAUAUAAAUGUCUUUCACCCCUCGAAAUAAUAAUUUCAAAGAUUCGAAUAAUUACACCAACUUAAUACAUAGGUGUUACGUUCACUGAGCGCUUACAAGUUCAGGGAGAUAAUAAAAGCGAUUUUACAUCGUGAAAUUAGUUUUAAAUUGUGUGACCCGUGAAUACUGAAGGAAAUGCUAUAAAAAAAAAAACAAUAUUACAUUUAACUAGAAUUAUUUACAUGAGUGGGUGCUGUUAUUUCCACAUUACUAUGUUUAUAGAGUGCUUUUUUUUUUCGUUUGAAAGUAGGAUUUCAUACUAGCACUAAAGAAAUGAGAUUUACCUACGAAAAGACACUAACUUUGGACAAAGAUCAAGAAUUUAAAUGCACUGUAUAGAAUUUAAUUAAAUAGAAUAAAAAAAUACUUUUCGUAGCGUUUAACUGUUUCAAAUUCAAAAAAAUAAUUCAAAAGACAUCGUUACUUAAUUGAGUUAGUAAAUCGUUGUGAUCAUUUAUCGAAAUUAGUUUAAUUAGGUUUUUUUUUUGUUUUGUUAAAUGUAUCGACGAAACAUGUUUGAAGUUAACGAAUAAUUGAUAAUUAAGAUUAUUAAAUCGAUAAUCGAUUCUUAUCGAUAGAAUUCAAAUAAUAAAAAAAACUCGAAUAUAACAAUCGAUUAAUUAAUAUAACAAAGUAACAACUAGUUUAGUAUUGAAAAGUCUUAAAAGCUUGCAAUAAUAUAUUGGUACGACGCUCAAAUACAAUUAAUGUGCCAAAUAACAACUCAACUAGAAAAAAAAAAUUAUCGACUAAAACCAACAUCGGAAAUCGAAUGGAUCAUGAAUUUUGGAUCAAUGUAUGUACAUGAUAAACUAUUAUAUACAUUAGAUCUUAUAUAAAUAAUUUUAAAUUUUAGAUUACUGUAGUUCAGAAUGUUUUCUUCGAUAAAUAAAUAUUUAAGGAUCUAUUUCUAACAUAAUAAUAUACUAUUAACGUCUACUAUUUAUUAUUUUUAUUCCAACUAUAGAAAUGCGUCUUCACAUUUGCAAUCAAUUUAGCAUGCUCAUUGAUAACUCACUACUAUCAUAUAAGAUAUUUUGAACAAAAAAUAUUGUUAAGGACACAUAGUUAAUACUCAUUCAUAAACGAAGAACAAACAAAUUUUAGUAGGAUAUAAAAUAAAGUAGUUGAAAAAAAAAAGUUAUUAAAUUAUUCUCUGGAUAUUUAUUCGCGAAGACAACUACAGCCCGCAGGGCAGCUUGUGGCGAGCUGUUGGUGAGUGGCGACACCACGGACCCGAUGCGUCCGCGUGAGGCCUUUGAGGCCUCAGAACCUGCCGACCCCCAUUCCGGGGUCACGCGGACACGCAAGAGCUUUUUGCUCCAAGGAGUGGAGGUAUUAAGGCUCAAAGCCGCUUCCAUCCUUAGUCAUCACCGAAUCGAAUUUCGUUCUCCACCACAAAACGGUAUUCCUCUCGGCGAUGACGAGUCACCUUCUGCCGAUUCUGUACAGAACCCUCCGUCGGCAGUUGUCCCACAAGGUUGGGCACAUUUGCUCUUUCAAAAUUCAACAGAAUUCUCGUACGAUAUAGGAAUGCCAGGAUGACGAAUUCUUUGGAUUUUUCCAAAGUAGAUCUGUGUCCAACCUUACCAAUAGUAGUGAACGAACCUUCUCCCCUGCUAUAGCCCGUUAGCGUACUUACUCAAGUUAAGGUUAGGUAUAAGGUAAUCUAAAUAUGAUUUGCUGCAUUAGGUAUAAAUUCUAUGUAGCAAAUUAUAUUAAGGUACAACGAAUCGAUAAAUAAACACACGCAAAUAAUUUGUCGUCAGCAAGAUCGGGGCGCCUUUUGCUUUUUAACAAUUUUGGUUCGGAUUCGUAUGUGAUUAUAAUUUUUUUUUUAUAUUAUAAUUUUUUAAAUAAAUUAUCUGAAUAUUUGUAAAUAGUAGUCUAGAUAAAUUCGGUGUUGUGCGUUUAGUUUAGGGAUCGUGAAUACGCAGUAGACAAUGAAGUCGAACUGUGGUCGUAUGUGGUGUACGUCUAUAAGUCGCUUCAUAUUUUUUUUGUAUAUAUUUUGUUUAAAUAAUCUAGAUAAAACCAAAAUCGGAGCUAGCGUUGUAACGGGCUCACGACCUUACUCCGCUUUUGUUGUAAUUUUUUCAUUUAAAUUUCAUGGUUAUCGUUUAUGCUAUUUCUUACAAUUCUUUUUAUUUAGAUGACAUUUGAAUCUUUUUUUUUUUGUCAUUGAAAGCAGUGGUGUGUUAUCAUUACUGUUGCACUCUACAAGUAUCCCAGGCUCAUGACUUGUAAGAGUUCUCCUGAAUUCAGUUUUAUAAUUAAUAAUACUGUGUAUUAACGAUCUUAGGGAUAAGUGAAAAUAAUUUGAAACUGUUUAUUUAAUUAGUUUUAUUUUCUUUGAACAGGUAUUUUAUUUUGUAAUCACUAGACGCAUCUCCAUAGUUGGAUUUUCAUUUAUCGACUCGAGUCAUGUUUAUCGAUUAGAAAUCACAGGGUUGCGAACGCUAAAGAGUCAGUACUAUUCCGCUUAAAUGUUUCUUAAAAACGCUUUAAGUUAUUUAGAAGGUGCCUAUUUUGAGUUUCUUUAGUUUUGAGGAUUUUGAACGUGUGACGAGAAAUAUUCAGAAUUCAAUUUUAAUUCUGAUUUACUGGAUCGUGGAUAAUGGAUUGGUGGGAUCGAGUGAAUUUAUUAUAAGUAAAUCGUUUUGGGGAACGUAUUUUCACGGCACCUUUUAAUAUAUUUAUUAUUAAAAUACGUUGAAUUUCAGUAGUGACGAAACAAAGUAGACACAUAAAUGUAUCUAACACUGGAAUUCUUCUUUCCUUCACUUGGAGCACUACAUUCCUGUAUAUAAUAAUAUUAUGUAGCAAAAGUUUACUAUACAAAUAUUAUAAAACUUAACUACUUCACUGUUUUUACUUUUGAAAUGAUAAAUUAUAUCUAGAAUAAGUAGAAAUCGUUUUAAACUUCGGAAUGCUAUUCGUCUUCUGUUUUUAUUGUAUAGUUAAUGUUCAUAGAAUUUUAAAAUUAUUCUGGUAGUUAGAAUACUCAAGAGCCACUGGUAACCCUAAAUUUAUUAAAAAGGUUGAUGUUUAAAUAAAAAAGAAUUUUAAAAUGUUUGACAACAUGCUGGUAUGAAGGUGUUGCAAUAAUUUUGAAAUUCUAUGAUUUAACUAUUAAUUUAAAAAUGACGUUUUAGAAAAUUUGCAUUUUAAUAUUAUUUUUUAUUAAUUUAAGUAAAUAAGUUCAAAUUACAGUCAAAUUUAAGAAAUUGUUAUCCACUACUUUUUUUUCCUUUUAACUUGUAAUCUCUUAUUAAGCUUUCCUAAUUAUAACCUAUAGACGGUGGAACCUAGAUAAAUUAAUCUAUAAAUAAGAUUAUGUACGUAAAUUGAUUAUUUAUUGUACGAAUGGUGUGCUUUUCAGUAGCACUUUAUGUUAUCUACGAAUGUUGCUAGUUUAAAAACUUUAAAAUCCAAAAUUUAUUCAAUAGUUUCCAUGUAAAUGAAAAUAUUUGUUUGUUAUAAAUAUGAAAAAUUUUAGUGUUUUUUCUUGAUACAUUUUUGUAGUAAAUAUCGUUUUAUUUUUUCUGUAGUCAUAGACUAUAGAUUUUGAUGUUUGUGCAAAGGUGUUCUUACACCUUUAGGUUUAAGUAUUAUAAACUAUUUGAUGAUUUAAAGCUAGUGCACAUAUUCGGAUAUUAUUAAGUUUUGAUGUUGAAUGAUUUUAUUUUAAAUGUGUUUUAAUGUUGUGAAUAACACAAGUUAACGUCUCAAUGCAUACAUUCCAAUACUAGUUUUAUUGUUUGCAAAAUUGUUAUUUAUAUUUUAAAUAUAAUAUUAUUAACAUUUUUUUGUUAUAUUUAACGUAUUAGAUUUAUGGAAAUAUUUUAAUCUUUUAAAAGUUUUAUAGGAGUUAAAAGUGUUUUUUUUUUUAAAUUCAACACUCGAAUUUUUAUGCUCAAACUUUUGCAUUCAUAUUUAACCGUUUAGAAAGAAAAAUAACUUAAUAUCCAAAUUAUUAUAUUAAAAUUAUAAUAAUAAAAAUGUUUAAAUAACAAAUUCAUAAGAAAUAACAAAUGUUAAAAUUUAGAUGGAGAACCUAAAAGGUACGUGCUGAAUGUAUCGCGCAAGAAUUGAGUUGCAAAAAAAAAACGCAAACCACCAUCGCAGUAACAAUAGUCUCGUUACAGCGUAAAUCAUACUAAAAACAAAACAUUAGAGAAAUGUUAAAAUAUAUACCAUCAUGAACUAAUAACGACUGUGGUAAAAUAUUAUAACUGUUAAAAUGAAUAAACAGCACAAAAUAAAAA